CUCCCUCCGCCUGCGCGGGAGGCGGCGGGGGCUGGGCCGCGCGCUGCUGGUGCCGCAGCAAGCUUGUCCCCCCCGCGCCACCGUCGGCGCGGCCGGCCGGGGUGAGAGGCGACGGCUGCGUCCCCGGAAGCAGCGGGCGGCGGCGGAGGAGGCGGGGGCGGGAGUGCGGGCAGCGGCGGCGGGAGCGGCCUCCCCACCCCCUCCCGCGGCAGGAGGAUGGUGCAGCGCCCGCCCGCACGGCAGCCGCGCCGCCUGUGAGCCCCGCCGCCGCCUCCGGGCCCCACCCGCCCGGCCCGGGGGGCUUCUUCCCCCUUGGGGCGCCGGUGAACAAUCAGAAUAAUGUUCAGCAUAAACCUGUUGGAGAACCUGAAGGUUUACAUCAGCAGUCGACCUCCACUUGUGGUCUUUAUGAUCAGUGUAAGCGCUAUGGCAAUAGCUUUUCUGACACUGGGUUAUUUCUUUAAAAUCAAGGAGAUCAAAUCACCAGAAAUGACAGAGGAUUGGAAUACCUUCCUCCUGAGGUUUAAUGAUUUGGACUUCUGUAUAUCUGAGAAUGAAACCUUGAAGCAUCUCAUCAAUGAUACCACAACUCCAGAAAGUACAGUGACAAGUGGGCAAGCGAGAUCUUCUACGCAGUCUCCACAGACUCUUGAGGACUCUGGUCCAAUAAACAUCUCUGUUACAAUCACUCUGACACUGGACCCGCUCAGACCAUUUGGCGGCUAUUCUCGCAAUGUCACACAUCUAAGUUCCACAAUUUUUGGACACCAAAUUGGACUCUCAGGCAGAGAAUCCCACGAGGAGAUAAAUAUUACGUUCACCCUGCCAGCUGCUUGGAACUCGGACGACUGUGUCCUCCACGGUCACUGCGAGCAGGUUGUGUUCACGACCUGCAUGACUGUGACAGCAGCCAGCAGCGUGUUUCCCGUCACAGUUCAGCCACCACAUUGUGUUCCUGAAACGUACAGCAAUGCUACACUUUGGUACAAGAUCUUUACCACAGCCAGGGACUCUAAUACAAAAUAUGCACAAGAUUAUAACCCUUUCUGGUGUUACAAAGGAGCGAUUGGAAAAGUGUAUCAUGCUUUAAAUCCCAAGCUAACUGUUAUAGUUCCAGAUGAUGAUCGCUCUCUAAUAAACUUGCAUCUCAUGCAUACCAGUUACUUUCUUUUUGUGAUGGUGAUUACAAUGUUCUGCUAUGCAGUUAUUAAAGGCAGACCAAGCAAACUGAGGCAAAGCAAUACAGACUUCUGCUCUGAAAAAGUUGCUUUGUCAGAAGCAUAAUCCAUCCUCUCCUUUUACUGAAAAUGACUGAGAACCGUAAUCAUUGCCUGCUGAACCCAGAAUGGGUCCUAACACUCUGUGAAUACAUUAUCUUGCAAUGUUGGUUUAUUCCAACCAAAGACAUUUCAAGUGCCUGUAAUUGAUUUGUACAUAUUUAUAAAAGUAUAUUCAGAAUAGGUCAGACGAUGCACUUGUUCCGCAUUGUAGUGCGGCCGGAAACUUUCAGUCUUUACCUGUGGACAUAGCCGAAUGUUUGUGUAGAUAUGUUUAGUGAUAUGGCUACAUAUAGUCAGAGCAAGAUAUUUUUGUCUAGCUGCAUCUGGGCAGGUUAAGAUGCCUUUGCAAAUGUCUCAAACAAACCAACAAAUAUUUGUUUUUUGCCCAAUGAUAUGUACAGUGUGUUUGAAACAGUAUGCACCUUUGAUAUAAUACUGCAUUUCCAAAGCCACCAAUCUACUACAUGAAUUAAACGUGUAUUUGUGUGGCCUAAUCUUUUUCCAUUUGCUCCUUGCUUGCGAGAAAAGAUAUCAACAUUUUUAGAUUUUUUUUGUUUUUGAAAAGAGAAAUACAUAUUCACAUUUUAAUAGUGCUGUAUUUAGGACAAACUUGUGCUUUUAUUCAUAGUGAGAAAUUAAGAAGUGAAGUCCCAUUUUAAAAUCUUUCUUAUUGAAAAGUGCUAAGUUUGAUUUUUCAUUUGGCCUGCUAAAUGCCAGAGAUUCAGUCAGUGUAGAGGUUAUCUGGAAAGCUUUCCACUUGGCCUCCCUUCUGCAGCCCUCAAAUCUGGAACAUGCAUCUUUGCUGCAGAGUAGCUUUCUGUAAACUUUUUUUCCUAGAAAGUGAACCUUAAUAAAAAGAUGCAUUGCAUUAACAUUGUGUUGGGGCUCUGCACAGCCUCGGGCAAGUGCAAAUAAUAAGAAGAAAAGAAAUCCCAUAGUCUGUAAUAGAGCUUCAAUUUGAGACUCUCCAUCUCUGAAGGGCAGCUGGAAAUGACACUUUUAUUAGCUGUGUUCAAUUUCUAUUUAAUGCUGUCCACUGAGGGGAAAAUGACAAGGAGAGAACUAGGGCUGUUGUGAUUCAGGUCGAAGAAAACAUACAGUAAAACUCAUACUGUUCCCUGAGUCCAUUCUUAAAUCAGAGGAGUUUUUAUGAUGUGCAUUUCUCCCUCUUCCAUUCUAGCUUUUGCUGUUUCUUUCUAGCUUGUUAUUCAGUAAGCUCCUUAAUUUUCAUGAGUCACGGUUUUCCUGCAGAGAUUUCCGCCACUGCUUUUAAAAUCUCACUGGUUGCCUUAAUUGACCUUUCAUCUUAUCUUUCAGCUUUCCUGUCAAGUAGUAUAACUGUAGGUCUGUAAACAUGUGCAUAUACUUUUUUUUUCUCCCCUUUGAUAAGUUCAGCCCUAAGUAUGAACGCAAAACAAUAAACCCAAGUUAAAAUCCUGCAGUCUGUUAUACUAGGAUAAGAUUAUUAGUUUAUAGACACUAUUGUGAAUGGUACCCUACUGGUCUGCGGGCCUGUAUGUAUAGGACUCCAGUAAGUUCUUAAAUCUUCAGAGCAUUCAAAGCAAAAUAGUCACACCUUUCUUCAGAACAUGUUUCCAUUAUAGCAUUUCAGUUACUUAUGUGGUGUUAACUAACAUGCAUUUUUCUCCAGGGAUGUUAAGGCAAAGCUUUAGAGAUGGCCUAGUUUGAAGUCUAGGGAUAAAAUGAAGCUUCCAGUUUUCUCCUGAUGAUGCUACAGACUAGUACUGCCUCACUGAAAUGAACCAGUAAAGUGAGAACAGGUAGACAGUUUCUCAUGAAAAUUGUCUGAGCUGUUCCUAACUCAUGCGUACCCAGCCUUCAGCAUUAGCAUUCACUUCUAGAGUUGCCUAAGAGGGUGGCUUGAUCCGGGGACCAAAGGCAGGGAGAGGAAACUGAGUGGGGUUGUACUGCGGAUUCUGGAAGUAGGUAGGAGUUACCCAAGUUAACAUGAAUCCUUUAAAUAAGAAACCCAAAUCUUUUGUGUUUCAGCAAACCAAAAUCCAACUCCAAAUGUCCUAACUACAACUUGGUGUGUUGGGGAAAACAAGGAUUUUUUUUUUUUUUUUAAUCUGGUUUUGCUAUUUGGUAAUUAGAGGGGUCUGCUUUGCAAUGUAUCACCCACUGUAUUGAAAUACCCAGAAAUACUAAAAAUGUGAUCCACAAAUGCAAAGGGGAAAAUGUUAACGAGAUGUGGUUUUUGGCCUUAGCUUGUUAUCCCUUUGCCCCGUGUAUUGCAGCAAGGAGGUAAGGGUGUCCAUCCGGUUGAAAUGCUGCAAUACUGAGGAAUUUUGGAUUGUACCUAGGCGCAAUGUACACAAGUUAAAUGCAGCCAAACAGAAGAGUAAAAACUUAAUAUUAAAGUUCGGAUCAUAUUGAUCUUUCCUUUCUUGUUUUCUUUUUCUUUUUAACUAUGACUUGAAUCAGUUUUGAUUCUAUUUGUACGUGUUUUCUUGUUCUUAGAAAGCUGCCAUUUUCUGUUGCGUUUUUCUUUGGCAUUACAUAGAAAAUCUGAGCCUUGGUUUUCAACCCUCUGCAGAUGAUUGUGGGGUUAAGAUGGCUUUUUUUUUGUUUUGUUUUGUUCUUACAUUUCACUUGUCUUGUUGCAUGAUGGUUAAUAGCUGAUUUGGAAAUGACAUUUCUCUCCUAGAUUAAUUUUGUGUUUGUAAGAUGUGCAUAUUGCUUUGCAGAAUAAAAACAAUGAAGUUUA